AGCAUUUCCAUCUUCCCCACUGGAACACCAGUACUGUGUUUGCAGGUACCUUGGGGCUGGCUCUGCCUGGCUGGCUGUGCUCUCUCCUCAUGUGGUGUCCUUCCAGCUGCUGAGAUAAGAGGCAGGAACGUGAAGCCUCGCCCUUGCUCACUCAUUAGUCUGAGCCCUGGUACUGAGUCUGCUUAGCAUCAAGUGACUUGUUUUUCUUGUGUCUGAGACUGUGCUUACCUUCAUAAAUCAGAAAAACAUCAUAAUCCUGAAUUACUUGACACUUAAAUUUUGCUUGGUUUCUUAACACAGCUGGACAUAUUAAAUGCCUGAAAGCGGUUGGGAGGAAUAUUUCCAAAAUACACAUUUUCAAAGGCUGGGGGUGCAGUUCUCUGAAAUGUUAGUUUCAGUCUGAGAUCUUGUGUUUAGGAGUAUGAAAUCUCUUCUGCCUUUCCAAAAUACGGGACUGGUUCUUACCAAAAGCAUGGAGAGGGAUGGGCUGUUAAAAUCUACUGAGACUAAAGAAGGAUUCCUUGGUAUUUUGUUCCACUGUUGUUUCUUUUUUUAACUCACUGGCCAUAACAAGGUGAGGAAACGCUGACCUGCUUGCUCAGGAGGAGGCAGAUAAGUUUUAGCUUUAAAUGCCUGCACUCCAGAGUUAAAACGGAGCAGGUACCUUCUGGAGCCUUUGAAAAGAGAAUGAAGGUUGCUUACAUCAUGUCCAGAUAUUCCAACCUGUAGAUAACCAAAGAGAAGCAUGAAUGUAAAGAUUGGGGUCUUACAAAGGGAAGGAGUGAGAGAAACUCCUCCCUGCAAUGUGGGCAGAAAUGGGUUUCAGGGCAUUUUGCAAAUUCUGUGUUUUAAUGUGUUUUGAGGAGAUGUCGAGAGGCAUCUCAAAAAGCUUUUUUAGUUCAUAGCUGUAUAUUUGGGGAACAGUGUUUGAUUUUUCUUGUCAAGCCUUGUUUAUUUCUUCUUUUCUGUCUUUGAGGAAGCUGAGUUUUACUUUGUAUGCUAUAAACGAUGCAAAAAGCACCCAGAAGACUGUAGAUUGAUCCUCUGCCUUUGUUAUAAAUCUAUGUAUAUAGACUAAAUAAAUAGCUUCUUUCUGGGCUUAAAAUCUUUACAGUGCAGCAGACAACAAAAAUUUGUGUCUUGGAGUAGCUCCGAGAAUUCUUUAAUGCUGAAAUAUCUCCUCUGCUUGCGAACCUGGGGCUCUCCCUCCUCUAGAUAAGCAGUUUCUGUUUAAACUGGUUUUUUUAUGACUAUCCUUUUGGGCAAACAUUGCCACAACUGAUGGAGACUCUAGGACUGCAUGGCAGGGAAAUAAGAAGUUCGAAGAUAAACCGUGAGAGCUGGUGCCCGCUGGAGCCAUGUCCCGACCCCUCCCUGCUGGAGCGCAAGCGCACACGGGAGUCUCCAGAAUGUGAGAACUUCUUGGAAGAUGGGCUGAGCAGUGUCUGUGCCUCAUCACAGGGUGGUCUUAAAAGAGAAUCUGGGAGUGAGUCUGACCUCUUCCCCCUGCCUGGUGAUGGGAUGGAAGACCUUGUCUUUGGGAAGCAGCCUGAGGAGGAGCAGUCUGCGUGCGAUGUCACCAGCUCCAGCUCCUCUGCGGAUGACACUAUGUCCCUGGAGAGGAACUCAUCGCUGGGCAGCGACACGUCCCUGCCCUUCCCACCCACGGGGAGCUUCGCCCAGCCCAAGGACAGGCACAGCCUGGAUGGCAGCUGCACCAACAUGGUGUCCUCAGAGGGGGGAGAGAAGGAAGAGGAGCUGGACAGCAUCACGGACGUGCCCGCUCCCUCCUCCGUGCUGCGCGGCUCCAUGCGGCCGCUCUCCCCCUUCCGUCGGCACAGCUGGGGGCCGGGCAAGAACGCCACCAACGAGGCAGAAAUCAAUCAGAGGAGUUCAAUGCGAAUUCUGGGGGAUGGUAUAAAGAAGCCUCCCAUUCAUAGGAGAAGUUUGAGCUGGUGUCCCUCAGGCGUACAGUACAUUGCCAUGGGUCCUGACUUUACUUGUAGAAGUUACAGCCUCGAAGGCCUGACUGGAGACUCUGGUGAGAACAAGAAGCCCUCUGCAAACCUGGAGGCUUCUUCUCUGAGCUCCAAGGACCUCAGGAGGAGUCCACUUGCCAGCAAUCAGUCCCUGGUCCUGCUCACUGAGGAGAUGGAGCAAGGAGAAAUCAGAGACUACAACCACCAGGUGCAUCAGACAUCACAGCCACAAGGAUUCAACUUCUGUUCUUCUGCUGUUUCGUCUCCACUGACCAAAUCCAUGUCUCUAAUGUCAAUUAGCAAACCAGUGCUCGACAGCACGCAGUCGUUCGGCGGCUCCAUGGGCUCCUCGGUGCAGAGCAUAUCUGAAGAGAGCAGCAGUGUCCCUGCUGGUAAAGGUGUAACAAAAGUCAGCCGCACCUUCAGCUACCUCAGGAAUAAAAUGUCCAGCAGCAAGAAGAGCAAAGAAAAAGAGAAAGAUAAAGAGAAGACUAAAGAGAAGGACAAAGAUUCCAAGGAGAAGGAAAAAGAUAAGAAGCUGUUAAAUGGACAUCUCUUCACUGCAACCUCCGUUGUAGCCCAAGCAACCUGCUACCACUGUAUGAAGCCUUUCAAUAAGGAUUCGUACUACUGUGCAAACUGUAAUGCAAUUGUUCAUAAAGGCUGUAAGGAGAGUUUUGCUUCUUGUGCAAAGGUCAAAAUGAAGCCACAGAGAGGGAUGCUGCAGGCACAUGAUACCUCUUCAUUACCCACAGUAACCAUGAGAAACAAAAGCUCGCAGCCCAAGGAGCGCCCGCGCUCCGCAAUCCUCACUCCCGACGAAAGCACCGUCACCUCCACCUUCAGCAGCAGGAGAUCACAGCAGCCCACUGCACUCUCCAAAAGUGUCUCCAUACAGAACAUUGCAGGAGUUGGGAAUGAUGACAGCUUAAUACACACUUGGAAAUUCCUGUCGCAGUCAACAGACUCUUUACAUAAAAUCAGCCGGGUUAAUGAAUCCAUGGAGUCACUGGUUGAUGAAGGUGCAGACAUGAAUGAAGGACAGCUCAUGGGAGACCUGGAAUUAGAUUCCAAGCAGCUGGAGGCAGAGUCCUGGAGCCAAGUAGUGGACAGCAAGUUCCUACAGCAGCAAUACAAAGAUGUUGUCAAACGACAAGAUGUGAUUUACGAGCUAAUGCAGACAGAAAUGCACCACGUUCGCACCCUGAAGAUCAUGAAUGAUGUGUACAGUGCAGCCAUGUUAAAGGAGCUGCAGUAUGACCAGCAAGUCGUGGACAAGAUCUUUCCCUGCCUGGAAAACUUGCUGCACAUCCACAGUCAGUUUUUCCAGCGGAUUCUGGAAAGGAAGAAGGAGUCACUGGCAGACAAAAGUGAAAAGAACUUUGUUAUCAGGAGGAUAGGUGACAUCCUAGUGAAUCAAUUCUCCGGGGAGAAUGCUGAGCGAAUGAAGAAAACGUACGGCAAAUUCUGCGGGCAUCACAACGAGGCCGUCAAUUACUUCAAAGAUCUCUACUCAAAGGACAAACGCUUUCAGGCAUUUGUCAAGAAAAAAAUGAGCAGCUCCCUGGUGAGGCGUCUUGGGAUUCCUGAAUGUAUUUUGUUGGUAACACAGAGAAUCACAAAGUACCCGGUCCUUUUACAAAGGAUACUGCAGUACACCAAAGAAAAUGAAGUGGAACAUGAAGACUUGACUCAGUCAUUAAACCUCGUUAAAGAUGUGAUUGCUGCAGUCAAUAGCAAAGUCAGUAAUUAUGAAAAGAAAAUGCGUCUUGGGGAGAUUUACAACCGGACAGACAGCAAGUCCAUCAUGAGGAUGAAGAGUGGCCAGAUGUUUGCAAGAGAGGACUUGAGGCAUCGGAAGCUCAUCCGAGAUGGGCCUGUUUCACUAAAAAACUCAGCUGGCCGGUUAAAAGAAGUCCAGGCUGUUCUGCUCUCUGACAUGCUCGUGUUCCUUCAGGAGAAGGACCAGAAGUAUGUCUUUGCCUCACUGGACCAGAAAUCCACUGUGAUCUCUCUGAAGAAGUUGAUUGUACGGGAAGUGGCUCAUGAAGAGAAGGCUUUGUUCCUGAUCAGCAUGGGUGGACAGGUUCCUGAAAUGGUGGAAGUCCAUGCCAGCUCCAAAGAAGAGCGCAACGGCUGGAUACAGAUCAUCCAGGAUACCAUGCACACCAUGGAUAGAGAUGAAGAUGAAGGAGUCCCUUGUGAGUCUGAGUUUGAAAAGAAAUUGUCUGAUGCGAAAUUGAGAGGACUGAAAGAACAACUUCAGCAGAAGGAUAAACAGAUCCUGCUCUUGCUGGAGGAGAAGACAAAGAUCUUCCAGGACAUGGCAGACAGUUCUGUGCAGGAGGAGGUGCCAGACUCCAGGCUGCUCUUCAGAGCCAGCACAGAAGAGGCUCCAAAAGGAGAGGCAAUCAUGAAAACUGCAAUAAAUGAAGUUGAACUGCUGCAAGACCUGGUGAACAGGAGCCUGGGCACUGCCCUCGGACAGCAGGUCAGCAGCACUGCCAUGGAUCAGGAGGGAGGAGUUGGCCCCAUCUCACUCCCUAGAAGGGCAGAAACUUUUGGAGGAUUUGACAGUCAUCAAAUGAAUGCCUCCAAGGCAAAGCAGAAGGGAGGAGUUUCCUCCUGCAGAGAGGUGGAAGGUCCCAGGACGUGGCGCAGGAGAGCAGGUGGAGCAAAAGAUGAAGGCGAUGAUGCUCAGGACCUUCGGAGGACAGAGUCAGACAGCAUUUUAAAGAAGGGUGGAAAUGCUAAUUUGAUGUUCAUGCUGAAAAGGAAUAACGAGCAGGUCCUCCAAACCAUUACCAGCCUCCAUAAGCUGCUCAGUGCUUUGCAGGGCGUGGUGCUGCAGCAGGACACCUACAUCGAGGACCAGAAGCUGGCUCUGAACGAGAGGGUUCUGAGCCGAAGCGCCUUGCGGCCCCCCUCGCUGCUGGAGCAGGAGAAGCAGCGCAGCCUGGAGAAGCAGCGCCAGGAGCUGGCCAACCUGAAGAAGUUGCAGACCCAGCACGAGGAGGAGAAGCGGAGGAGGGAGAAGGAGUGGGAGGUGCGGGAGAAGGACCUGGCAGAGCACGAGGCCGAGCUGGCCCAGCGCGAGGAGCAGGUGCAGAGGCUGCGGCAGGAGCUGGAGCGGGAGCGCGAGGAGCUGCAGGUGAAGAAGGCGGCCUACCAGCUCGACCUGGAGAGGCUCCGCACGGCGCAGAAGCAGCUGGAGAGGGAGAAGGUGCAGCUGAAGCAGGACGUGGAGCGAUUCGCUCAAAUGCGGCAGGAGCCUGACCACAACCAGGUUUCAAAUCUACAUGAGAAACUUGCAAGAGUCUCCUCCCAGUCCAGCAUUGAUGAAUCCUCCAUGCAGAAGAACCCUUCCCUUCCUAAACAAGGGCACUUUGAUGCAGAACUGUCUGUCUCCCCCAAAAGGAACAGUCUUUCAAGGACACACAAAGAGAAAAGCACUUUCCAUUUGCUUAGCACAACAAACCAGACUAACAAGGCAGCUGAGGAACAGACCCAGAUGCCUACUCGCCUCUUCAGUUUAGCCAAACCAAAGGAGAAGAAGGAAAAGAAGAAAAAGGGCAGGGGACAUCGCUCCCAACAGUCUGAUUCUCACUCAUCAGAAGCACCUCCAGAGGGUGAGGAGAUCUUCUGCUGAGCACAGACUGUUCCAGUGGUCACUCGUGGCAUUGGCACCGUGGACAUCUCCCUGCCUGUGACACAGCCCGUGGCUAGUGCCUGCGCUGGACAAGCAUCUGGAGGUUUUAAAUAAAACAUGUUCUGAACUCUGCUAAGUGGUGGAUAAGGGCCUCUCCUGUGGUUUUAGGUGAAUUCUCCCUGCAGAGGCUGUGCCCGCAUGGCACACAGGACCUUCUCCCUGUGCAAACCUGGGGUCAAACGGGUUGGGGUAGAUGUCUGUCUCUUCUUACUGCUAAAGGAUGAGAGAACAUAGCCUUAAGAGGUCUGUGCCUUCAGAUUCCCCUUUUCUGGGGAAAAGAACCAAAACCAAGCAUUUAGCAAAAGAUUAGGACUCUACAAAUGGUGCGUACACACUGGCAUAUAUAGAUAUACUGUAUAUAUACAUAUAUGUAUCUAUGUAUCCACUGGGAUAUGCUUACAGUCCCUACAGCCAAGGUCCACCCGUGGGGAUAGAUGAUACCUGACCACUUUCAGGGAGUGUGUAGAUAUUAAAUAUCUUGCCCUUACUGCUCUGGCUGUAACACAGUGACCUGCACACCCCUUUUGUGUUCAUGAGAUAGGGGCUGUUUGGUUUCAGAAGGGUACCUUACACCAGGAAACAUUCAGAAGCAACAACUCAGAGGAUAAAAAAUUUAAAAUCAUUCUGAGCGAUUUCUGUGGGGCAGAGGAAUCAAAUGUCAAACUGUUUCCAGAGUGAAGGAGAACAUUAUUGGGUGUAUUUAAAAUGGCACAGAAAAGAGAAUUUUGGUGGGCUGGUAAGGCAAUCCCAGGGAGCCAGAAGAGACUGUUCAAAUGGAAACAACAGUAAGCAACA